CCCAGCCUCGAAAUCUCUCUGGGCACCUCCCAUACUUUUUUCCAGCCUGUCUGUUCUUAUUGCAGGAUCCAGGCUGAGGGUGAGGGGCUGGUGAAUAGGGUACUGGCGCCCCCUGAAGGUCUCCUUUCCCCAUCGUAUGAGAAGAUCCUGAAGCUCACGGCUGAUGCCAAGUUUGAGUCAGGCGAUGUGAAGGCCACAGUGGCAGUGCUGAGUUUCAUCCUCUCCAGCGCGGCCAAGCACAGCGUCGAUGGCGAAUCCUUGGCCAGUGAACUGCAGCAGCUGGGGCUGCCCAAAGAGCAAGUGGCCGGCAUGUGCCGCUGUUAUGAGGAGAAGCAAAGCCCCUUGCAGAAGCACUUGUGGAUCUGCAGCCUACGCAGCAAGUAUGAGGCCAGCCAGGGUCCAGGCUCCUUCUAGAAGGUGCACACAGCACACAAGUGCAUGGAGAGUCCAGGGAGACAACUUAACCAUGGUCACAUACCAAGCAGCUGCCGAGCUGGGACCUGGCCCUGGCUCUCCUGACUCCGCGGGCUGUGGAUUUGUACCUACAGGAUCAGACCUUGCCCUUCCCUCCUGGCUGACCCUUCCCUAGUCCCCUGUGCCUCAUGUGUGAGCACCCAGCUCACUCUUAUUCCUCCCUCUCCGAAGCGUGGUCCCUGGGAGCAUGAGUGGCAGAAGGGGCAGCAGAGACUGUGGACCCCUCAGCUGCACCUAAGACCUCUGUGUGGUCUAGCUUUGUGUGCUGGGGGAGGCUUUUGGCCACCAUUUCCCCCUCUGUAAAUGAGACCGACACCUGUGGCAUGGAGGGCGGGAGGCCGGUGUGAGUGCCAAGCACUUGGAGCAGGGCCCUGAGUGAGCAUGGACUUGGAAAUGGGUGUUCCUUGACUUUAUGCACCUUGGGAAUGGUAGUGGGGCUCCCUGCGUGGGUUGACAAUUCAUUGCAUUCCCCCACUCUGCCUCUGUCCCAGCCCUGCAAGUCCAGUCAUUGGGGGUCCAGGAGGGAAGAAGACCCUGGCUGUGUGACUUCGGGCUGGUGCCUGGCUCUCUCUGGCUCUGAGUUCCUGGGAACGUCAGCACCCAAGGCAUGCCCUCAAGUUUAGCACCUUGACAAGAAAGGCGGGGACACUGGGAUCAGGCCCACACCCCUGGCCUU